AUGCCGUUCGAGACAAAGGCCACGAUCGCCACCUUCGGCGGGAAGCUGCUGAAGCUCUCCCACGAGUCCUCGUCCACGAAGACGCCCAUGGACGUCAAUUUGUACCUUCCUCCCGCGUCUAAGACCAAGAAGGUCCCCGUACUCAUCUUCCUGUCGGGCCUGACCUGCACGCCGCAGAACUGCUCCGAGAAGGGCUUCUUCCACGCCGCGGCCUCGGAGGCGGGCAUCGCGGUGCUGUACCCGGACACGUCGCCGCGUGGGGCCGACCUGCCGGGCGAGACGGACAGCUGGGACUUUGGCGCGGGCGCGGGCUUCUACGUCAACGCGACGCAGGAGCCGUGGAGCAAGCACUACCAGAUGGAGAGCUACGUGACGCGGGAGCUGCCGGAGGCCAUCUUCGCCGAGUUCGGCGACCGGCUGGACGCCGCGCGCGUCAGCAUCACCGGCCACAGCAUGGGCGGCCACGGCGCCCUGACCCUGUUCCUCAAGAACCCGGGCAAGUACCGCAGCGUCAGCGCCCUCGCGCCCAUCUCCAACCCCAGCCGCUGCCCCUGGGGCGAGAAGGCCUUCGGCGGCUACCUCGGCAAGGACCAGCGCGACGAGUGGGCCAAGCACGACGCCACCGAGCUCGUCAAGGGCUGGGCCGGCAAGGAGGUCCCCGCGCUCAUCGACGUCGGCACCGGCGACAACUUCUACAAGCAGGGCCAGCUGCUGCCCGAGAACCUGGAGAAGGCCGUCAAGGAGGCCGGCGUUAAGGGCGUAGAGGUCAGAUACCAGGAGGACUACGACCACUCAUACUUCUUCAUCUCCACCUUUGCCGCCGAUCACGUCAAGCACGCUGCCAAGUACCUGUUGUAA